AUGAAGUUUCCACGGCAGGAUGGGAGCAUGUCGGAUUACGAUUCGCCGGACACCUCGCAGUCGACGAACAACAAUCAUCAGGCGACCGUGGUCCAGGAUGAAAGUAGCAGAUUGUCGCCCAACGAUCAGGGGGAGCGUUCCUCGGAGCAAGAAUCGGAGGAGGCGGACGAGCCGGGGCUCCGGAUACCGCGAUUGAAUUCCCAGGGGAAGGUGAAAACGUUCAGAUGCAAGCAGUGCAACUUCGUCGCGAUCACGAAGCUCGAGUUUUGGGAUCACAGCCGUAACCACAUCAAGGCGGAGAAGUUGUUGACCUGCCCCAAAUGCCCCUUCGUAACCGAGUACAAGCACCAUUUGGAAUAUCACUUGAGGAACCAUUUCGGCUCGAAACCGUUCAAAUGCGAGAAAUGCUCUUACUCGUGCGUGAACAAAUCUAUGUUGAACAGCCACCUCAAGUCUCACUCGAACGUUUAUCAAUACAGAUGCGCCAACUGUACUUACGCCACCAAAUACUGCCACUCGUUGAAACUUCAUUUGAGAAAGUACUCGCAUCAACCCGCGAUGGUGUUGAACGCGGACGGUUCACCGAACCCGUUGCCGAUUAUCGACGUUUACGGGACGAGGCGGGGCCCUAAGCAGAAACCUGCGGGCAAGUCGAUGAACGCUACCAACGAGGAGAUGAACAACCAGAACAACAACAACAACAACAACAACAAUAACAACAGCAACAACAACAACAUGGCGAGCAACGGUGGCCAAAUCGCUUCUCCUCAACAAGUGGUGCCCCCGCAAAUAUCUCCCACGUCUUCGAACGUCAAUCACGUCGGUUUGCAAUGCGCGAUGAAUAACGGGGCAAACGGGAACGCGGUUCCGAGCAACGGCACGGCUAUCGCGAGCACGUCGAGCGGGAUCACGCACAACCAGGCAGUGAUCACGUAUCCGUACAAUCAAUUGUUCACCGGUUUCGCCCUCUCGCAAUUAUCCACCACCGUGAUCGCGGAGGAUAACGGUGGCGAUAAUCAAUUGGACCGGAUAAAGGCGAACACGUUGAUGGAUUACCUGAGAGCGAUGGACGAGGAAAGAAUGUCGGGCGAGACUGCCCAGGAUCUCGUCGUCAGAUGCCCUAACGGGAACGAGGCGUCGAACGGCGUGAACGGGACGUCCGACAGCGGGACGUCCAGCAUGACCGAGGUAUCAAUGGAGCCGAAUUCUAUUGAUCAUGUGAGCGUGUACACGGACGCGCGAGUCGCGCCAUUGGAUCUCAGCAAGCCUGAUACUCAGUCAGCCAAUGAUUGCUCGGCCGUUGGAAAGCCGAGCGGCAAUUCGCCCAAAGUGACCGGUACAAGCAGACGAAAGGGGAAGGCGGUGAAGUUGGAGCGCAGAGUGCUCGAGGAGGACACGGACGACGAGCAACCUCACUCCUCCCAAUAUGAGCAGCAGCAUCGUCAACACCAGCAGCAGCAGCAGCAGCAGCAACAGCAGCAACAGCAGCAGCAGCAGCAACAGCAGCAGCAGUUACUGCAGCAGCAGCAAUGGCAACACUUGGUGGAACAGUUGUACUCGCAGACGCAACCGCAUCUGCAACAACAUCAGUUGCUCCAAUUGCAGCAACAGCUGCAACAAUUGCAACAAUUACAAUUGCAGCAAUUGCAGCAACAUCAACUUCAGCAUCGCGCAUCAAUGGAAUCGGACGGAUCAUUCGAAUCCUCGUCCUCGAGCAGCCCGAGUUCCGGCGAGGGAAAGGACGAGACGAACGAGCGCAACUUCGCCAUAAGCCACGAGCUCACCUGCCAUUUCUGCGAGAUCGUAUUCGGUAACGUGAUCAUGUAUACAGUUCACAUGGGCUAUCACGGUUUCCAGGAUCCUUAUACAUGCAACAUGUGCGGCCACCAAUGCAACGACAAGGUGUCUUUUUUCCUUCAUAUUGCCAGGUCGAAGCAUUCCUAG